AUGCAGGAUACUUGGAUGUUGCUGACGGACUCGAUGAACGCCGGCGCGCACGGGCACAUCCGCGAGCUCCUCGACGGAACGUGGUCCUCGUACUGGUCCGGAUUUUACAACCGGACGGAGGAGAUCGUCCUCCCGUUCGUGCACACGAUUUUGCCUCUGAUGGAAUAUCUUUGGAGAGCGGACUACCUGCAGUGCAAGACGACGUACGAGCUUCAGCGUCUCGUGGGCGGAUUGCAGGUGUGCACCCUCAGCGCCGAAGCGGUGGCGGGGCAAACACCAUCAGAGGAUAAACACGACAACAGCACUUUACCCGGGAGCAAGCACCGCCCCGUCGAGAUUGUUGAGCGCGCCUCGAGCCGCCCCACAUUUGCGGGGGCCCGCAAAGCCACACCAGGGUGCUGA